AUGGGGAAGCCCAAGUCGUCGUCGUCGUCGUCGUGGUCUGCGCUGUUCGGCCUCGGCUGCUUCAGUUCUUCCCAUGCCGACCGCUCUAGCGACGGCUCCGGCUCCGGCUCCGGGUCCAAGAACGCGGCCAAGGUGGCCUCCAGUUCCAGGCCUCCCGCACCAGCGCCGCUGCCUUCGCCAGAGGACCUAUCACUGUCGCUGGCGGGAUCCGACGUGCUGGCUUUCACGGUGGAGGAGCUCCGGGUGGCGACGCGGGACUUCUCGAUGAGCAACUUCGUCGGCGAGGGCGGGUUCGGCCCCGUGUACAAGGGCCGCGUCGACGAGCGGGUCAGGCCCGGCUUGCGGCAGCCGCAGGCCGUCGCCGUCAAGCUGCUCGACCUCGAGGGCUCCCAGGGCCACAAGGAGUGGCUGGCUGAAGUCAUUUUCCUUGGGCAGCUGAGGCAUCCACACCUUGUCAAACUCAUCGGCUACUGCUACCAGGAUGAGCACAGGCUUCUUGUGUACGAGUUCAUGGCCCGGGGCAGCCUGGAGAAGCAUCUCUUCAAAAAGUACUCUGCUUCCCUGCCGUGGCCGACGCGACUGAAGAUCGCCAUUGGAGCUGCCAAAGGUUUGGCCUUCCUCCACGAAGCUGCCAAACCCGUCAUCUACCGCGACUUCAAGACCUCCAACAUCCUGCUGGACUCGGACUACACGGCGAAGCUGUCGGAUUUCGGGCUAGCCAAGGCUGGGCCUGGAGAAGACGAGACCCACGUGUCGACCCGAGUGAUGGGCACGAAGGGCUACGCCGCACCCGAGUACAUCAUGACAGGGCAUCUCACGACAAAGAGCGACGUGUACAGCUUCGGCGUGGUGCUCCUGGAGCUGCUAACAGGGCGGAAGGCGUUGGACAAGAACCGGCCGCCGCGCGAGCAGAGCCUGGUGGAGUGGGCGCGCCCAUGCCUGCGCGACUCUCGCCGGCUGGAGCGCGUCAUGGACCGGAGGCUGCUCAACGGUCAGCACCCCACGCCCACCCGAGCUGCCCAAAAGGCCGCGGGGAUAGCCCACCAGUGCCUCAGUGUAAGCCCCAAAUCCCGGCCCCAGAUGUCUGCCGUGGUAGAGGCCCUGGAGUCGCUGCUUGCUCUAGACGAUGCCGUUGUGGAGCCAUUUGUGUACACGGCGCCGCCGGAGAACAGAUGA